CGGCAGAAGACAGACAGACCAAGCUCCAAUCGACCCCACGCGUCUACGCCCUGGGCAAGCAGUCUUCCAGCAACCUCACCACCACCAACCCAAACAACCCUGGGCCUCCUCCUCGCAACCUUCCCUUCCCUUGCCCUCCACCACUGCCUCGCCCUUGCUGCACAUAAUCGCCCAACAUGUCUUUCGGCGGGCAGACCCCCACCAUUAUUGUCCUCAAGGAAGGCACCGACUCCUCCCAGGGAAAGCCCCAGAUCGUCUCAAACAUCAACGCCUGCCUCGCAGUCCAGGCGACGAUAAAAUCGACCCUCGGGCCCUAUGGCGGCGACCUGUUGAUGGUCGACGAGAACGGCAGGCAGACGAUCACAAACGAUGGCGCAACCGUCAUGAAGCUCCUGGACAUUGUCCACCCCGCCGCCAGGAUCCUCGUCGACAUCGCGCGGUCGCAAGAUGCAGAGGUCGGCGACGGCACCACGUCGGUCGUCGUCCUGGCCGGCGAGAUCCUCAAGGAGGUCAAGGAGCACGUGGAGCAGGGCGUCAGUUCACAGACCAUCGUCAAGGGCCUGAGGAGAGCCUCGCAGAUGGCCGUCAACAAGAUCAAGGAGAUCGCCGUCAGCACCGACGAGGCGAACCGCAGAGACACACUCACCAAGCUGGCCGGCACCGCCAUGACCAGCAAACUGAUCAAGCGGAAUACCGACUUCUUCACAAAGAUGGUUGUCGACGCCGUGCUGUCCCUCGACCAAGACGACCUCGACGAGCACUUAAUAGGGGUCAAGAAGAUCCCCGGCGGCUCCCUGACCGAAUCGCUGUUCAUCAACGGCGUCGCCUUCAAGAAGACAUUCGCCUACGCCGGCUUCGAGCAACAACCCAAGUCGUUCAAGAAGCCCAAGAUCGUCUGCCUCAACGUCGAGCUCGAGCUCAAGGCCGAGAAGGACAACGCCGAGGUGCGCGUCGAGCAGGUUUCCGAGUACCAGGCCAUCGUGGACGCCGAGUGGCAGAUCAUCUUCCAGAAGCUCGAGGCCAUCUACAAGACAGGCGCCAAGGUCGUCCUCAGCAAGCUGCCCAUCGGCGACCUGGCCACCCAGUACUUUGCCGACCGCGACAUCUUCUGCGCCGGCCGCGUCGCCGCGGCCGACAUGGAGCGCGUCGUCCAGGCCACCGGCGCCACGGUGCAGAGCACGUGCUCCGACAUCCGCGCCGAGCACCUGGGGACGUGCGGGUCGUUUGACGAGCGGCAGAUCGGCGGGGAGCGCUUCAACUUCUUCGAGGACUGCCCCGAGGCCAAGACGUGCACGCUGGUGCUGCGCGGCGGCGCGGAGCAGUUCAUCGCCGAGGUGGAGCGGUCGCUGCACGACGCCAUCAUGAUCGUCAAGCGGGCGAUCCGCAACAAGACCAUCGUGGGCGGCGGCGGCGCCUGCGAGAUGGAGGUGUCGGCGUACCUGCACCGCUUCGCCGACAAGAACGUCCCGCACAAGCAGCAGGCCAUCAUCAAGUCCUUCGCCAAGGCGCUCGAGAUCGUGCCCCGCCAGCUGUGCGACAACGCCGGCUUCGACGCCACCGACAUCCUCAACAAGCUGCGCGUCGAGCACCGCAAGGGCAACACCUGGGCCGGCGUCGACUUUGUCGGCGAGGGCGUCGCCGACAUGAUGGAGCGCUUCGUCUGGGAGCCCGCCCUCGUCAAGAUCAACGCCAUCCAGGCCGCCACCGAGGCCUCGUGCCUCAUCCUCGGCGUCGACGAGACCAUCCGCAACGAGGAGAGCGCCGCGCCCCAGGCCCCCGGCAAGCCCCUGCCCCCCGGCGCCGCCCAGAGGGCCCUCCGGGGCCGCGGCCGGGGCAUGCCCAGGCGGUAAGAAGGACGACGCGAGGGCGAGAGCGAGAGCGAGAGGGUGGACUUUGAGCUAGGCUGAAGUUUGUGGGCUGCAUAUUUGUUUCUUGUAACAAGAGGACCAAAACAACUACCGUGAUACCUAUGUCGGCGUCCAUAGACAAGAGGAAUGGGAAAAAAACAAGUGACAUCUGUGAAGGGCAGCAUCUGCCGUGCCUUGGGGAUGCGACCAACAUGUGCCAGACAGACCUGAUGCCUUGUGGGUUCCACUGUCUGUGAGUGACAGACACACGUUGUCAGGGGCUUCCGGGGUCCGCAGGUCGUCCACGUCUGGCAAGAGAACGCCACUGCAUGCUGAAAACAGCACCGAGCGCCAAUACAAGGAAUAUGUGCUGGCUGCAAAUACCGUCCGCACCAUCGAGCACAUUGUGACGACGCAAGGGGUAUGCAUGUAUAUAACAGAAGCGCUGACUCCCCUCCGUUGCCAGCCUGAUUCACCACCACCCCCCCCCCUUGGCCAUGAUCAGGGACACCUUUUCUCUUGAGAUGGAUGAGGUCUGUACUUGAUGCGUCAGGAGAGAUGAAGCAUGCGCCGCCUUCGCUUUGUUGACGAGAACUUGGAAGAUGUCUCUGAGGAUGGGUGGUAUCUCGGGUCACUGGAAACACUGGCCCUUCUUGUCUCACCAACGAGCGCUUUUCACUUCGAAGGUUUGCAAAACCGGGAGAGGCCGCCUUGUGAUCUUCCCGUUCCGUGUUGGCGCAAGACAAGCUCAGUUUCUCCUAGGCAGGGUCCCAGCCCUUUUCUACUACAGUCUCGUAGUAGUUACCUCCCUCGAACAGAAUCCAUACUUCCUUUAGCUCACAUCCAC